CUUCACAGACGCCUGCAUGAUAAUCCCAAUCUGCGGCCAUUAGUGUGCUGAGAGAACGAGCGAGGAGAGGGUUCAACAGAGAGGGGGGGGGGAGUGCCUGGACAGAGCUGCACGCAGAGGAAAAAGAACGAGAGAGAGAGAGAGAGAGAGAGAGAGAGAGAGAAAGAGAGAGCUUUUAAAGGAUUUGGCAGUGAUUUGUAGAAUCCCACUGCUGUAAGGUUGCGCUUUUCCUCCACUUUUCCCUGAUUCUGCCAUGAUACUAUAUCCUGAAGCCUCAAAAGUCAGUGUUUUCAUUUUGUCUUUAUAAAUCACAACUACUUCUUUUUUAGACCAUUGUUUGCAGUGUGUUCUGGUUAUUUUUGAGAGUGCACGGCAGCUGUCUGAGAUGAUAGAGGAUUUACUCUUGGUGAGGAAAGGAGAGCCUUGCCUCUAGAUAAAUAUAAUCACAUUUCGGACCAUGGAUGGAGGCCUGUUUGGAAGAGCUCAUGUGAUGGAUAAAAUGAAGACUGGUCAAUGAAGAAUGGGCAGGUGUCAAAGGUAGAGGGAGUGGCCAGGUGCUGUCAGUACCUCUGGUCAUCACCAUGACAUCAGAGGCUCGCUCGUCCCAUCAGUGCUGCUGGCUCCGUUCACCAUCCAGAUACCAAACAUGGCUUCAGCUGAUGUGGGUGCUGCUGGUGGGUAUCAGCCCGGGCUCGUGGGCCCAGCAGGGCACCCAGCCCCAGUCCAUCAAAAUCGAGGGCGACAUCACCUUGGGCGGGCUGUUCCCUGUACACUCUCGGGGACCCGCCGGGGUGCCCUGCGGGGAGGUCAAGAGAGAGAAGGGGAUCCAUCGUUUGGAGGCCAUGCUGUACGCCUUGGACCAGAUCAACAGCGACCCGGACCUGCUGCCUAACAUCACUCUGGGGGCCCGGAUCCUGGACACCUGCUCCAGAGACACCUACGCCCUGGAGCAGUCGCUCACCUUUGUCCAGGCCCUCAUCCAGAAGGACACCUCAGAUGUGCGCUGCUCAAAUGGAGAGCCUCCCAUCAUCCCCAAACCAGAGAGGGUGGUCGGGGUGAUCGGGGCGUCUGGCAGCUCGGUGUCCAUCAUGGUGGCCAAUGUGCUCAGACUGUUUUCGAUCCCCCAGAUCAGCUAUGCCUCCACUGCCCCGGAGCUGAGCGACAACAGCCGCUAUGAGUUCUUCUCCCGUGUGGUGCCUCCUGACUCCUACCAGGCCCAGGCCAUGGUGGACAUAGUCAAAGCCAUGGGCUGGAACUACGUCUCCACGCUGGCCUCUGAGGGCAACUAUGGAGAGAGUGGCGUCGAUGCCUUCCUCCAGAUAUCCAGAGAAGCAGGGGGGCUGUGUAUUGCACAGUCCAUAAAGAUUCCCAGAGAGCCCAGACCAGGGGAGUUUGAGAAGAUCAUCAAGAGACUUAUGGAGACCUCUAAUGCUCGUGGGGUCAUCAUCUUUGCCAACGAGGACGACAUCAAACGGGUGUUGCAGGCUGCCAAAAAGGCCAACCUGACAGGCCACUUCCUGUUUGUUGGGUCUGACAGUUGGGGGGCCAAAAACUCCCCCAUUCAAGACCAGGAGGAUGUGGCUGAGGGCGCUGUCACCAUCCUGCCCAAAAGAGCCUCUAUUGAUGGGUUCGACCAGUACUUCACUUCAAGAUCUCUAGAAAACAACAGAAGAAACAUCUGGUUUGCAGAAUUCUGGGAGGACGACUUUAAGUGCAAACUAACCCGCCCUGGCAUAAAGUAUGAACUUGGUAGAAGAAAAUGUACAGGUGAGGAAAGAAUCAGUCGAGACUCUCAGUACGAACAGGAGGGCAAGGUGCAGUUUGUGAUUGAUGCUGUGUACGCCAUGGCCCACGCCUUACACAGCAUGCACCUGGACCUGUGUCCUGGCUCCAUGGGUGUCUGCGAGAGGAUGGACCCUGUGGAAGGACGGAUGCUCCUCCAAUACAUUCACUCUGUCAACUUCAAUGGCAGCGCAGGAACUGGAGUGAUGUUCAAUGAGAAUGGAGACGCUCCUGGACGUUAUGACAUCUUCCAGUACCAACUGUCUAAUGUCAGCAACCCUGGCUACAAGGUUAUCGGCCAGUGGACAAACCACCUCCGACUCAAUUCGGAGGAGAUGCAAUGGUCAGGUGGAGACCGCAAGAUCCCCGAAUCGGUGUGCAGUUUCCCGUGCGAGCCCGGAGAGAGGAAAAAGAUGGUGAAGGGCGUUCCCUGCUGCUGGCACUGUGAGCUCUGCGAUGGCUACCAGUACCUGCUGGAUGAGUUCUCCUGCGACAUGUGCCCCUUCGACAUGAGGCCCUUAAAGAACCGCACAGGCUGCCGGCCCACGCCCAUCAUCAAGCUGGAGUGGAGCUCUCCCUGGGCCAUCAUCCCCGUCUUCCUGGCCAUCCUGGGCAUCCUGGCCACCACAGGAGUCAUCGCCACCUUUAUCCGCUUCAAUGACACGCCCAUCGUUCGGGCCUCCGGCAGAGAGCUCAGCUACGUGUUGCUGACGGGCAUCUUCCUCAUCUACUUCAUCACCUUCCUCAUGAUAGCCGAGCCCAGCGUGGCCGUGUGCGCCUUCCGCAGGCUGCUGCUGGGGCUCGGCAUGUGCAUCAGCUACUCUGCCAUGCUCACCAAGACCAACCGGAUCUACCGCAUCUUUGAACAGGGCAAGAAGUCAGUCACGCCCCCGAAAUUCAUCAGCCCCACCUCUCAGCUGAUUAUCACCUUUAUACUCAUCUCAGUGCAGAUACUUGGGGUGUUCAUCUGGUUUGGCGUGAUGCCCCCCCACACCAUCAUCGACUACGAGGAGCAGAAGCCCCCAAACCCAGAGUUCGCCCGCGGAGUCCUGAAGUGCGACAUGUCCGACCUGUCCCUCAUCUUGUGUCUGAGCUACAGUAUCGUACUGAUGAUCACCUGCACUGUGUACGCUAUCAAGAGCAGAGGAGUUCCUGAGACCUUCAAUGAGGCCAAACCCAUCGGCUUCACCAUGUACACGACCUGCAUCAUCUGGUUGGCCUUUGUACCCAUCUUCUUUGGCACAGCGCAGUCUACGGAGAAGAUGUUCAUCCAGACCACCACCUUGACAGUGUCCAUGAGCCUGAGCGCCACCGUGUCCCUGGGCAUGCUCUAUAUCCCCAAGGUCUACGUCAUCAUCUUCCACCCGGAGCAGAACGUCCAGAAGAGAAAGCGCAGCUUCAAAGCCGUGGUGCAAGCAGCCACCGUGUCCACGCACCUGUCCCAGAAGUCCAACGACAAACAGAACGGAGAGUCCAAGAUCGAGCCGGACAGAUCACAGUGAAACAAAGGAAACUGGGUCCAUGUUUUCAUCACCCAACGUCACAAGCCCACACUGUGAUGGCUAAUGAUCAGUUAAAAAUCAGCAUUUCCUUUAGUUUUGGCUGGAUUGUUUUUUUCUCCCCUUUUACUAUGGAUUGAAACACCAGCAAAGACGUUCCUGGAUGUUUUUUCUUUAUCUUACUUAUUUAGAAAACUCUGGAAUGAAGCACAAAAGGAAACAGAAAUGCUCACCCUUAAAAUGGACAACUUUUUAGUACACUUAAACAAGAACUGGAAUAAUGUUGAGCCGUCCUGAAUGGACUGCAACAUGGGAGAUUUCUUUUUUUUUUGUAACAACAUCCACCAUAUACACCUCAACUUGACAAGGAGAUAUUGUUAGUUUUAACUUUCCCUGGGAAAUGCUGUUUAGGAAAAAAAAUAAAAAAGUUAAGCAUAGAUGGCUACCUUUGCCCUACAGGAAGAUGUACAUGUAUGCGGAAUCCCGUGGGAUCAAUGAAGCGUUAUUGUUUACUGGCUCCAAAAGCACUGCAUGGAUUGUGUUUUAUGUGUACAUGAAUGUUUUGAAAUAUUGUUUGUAUGGGGUGUUGUGACUUUUUCUUCUUGAUUGCUCUGGAAGGAACUAGCUUUUAAAAUGCACCACCAUGUCCUGUUACUAUUUCUGAUGCAGUCCCCUGGGAAGGUAUUAUGAAUCACUUUACUAUAAUCACUCACAGCCGAAUCAUUCAAUGUCCAAUCACUAAUGCUACAAAGCAUUUUAUUUAAAUUAGUAUUAUGUAUACAAUUAUCAUGGUACAAGCUGGUUUCCAUUGUGGAAACUGUAAAUUCAUCAGUGCAAACAGGAUACAAGUAAUUGUGAACGGGAUACUUAUGUUCUACCUGGUACUUUUACUUCUCCACAGUGGAAAACAAUGUGGCAUUUCCCCAUAUUGUUUGCCAAAAUAUAAAGCAAUCUCCUCUAAGGCCAGCCUGUAAAGCAACAUGCCAAAAUCAUAGACAAGCUAUUGUUCAUGCAUGGGAACCUUGUCAGAAAGUUUCACAUCAUCAGUUGUAUUUGACUGAUUUUGUGCCAUGAUAAAGGUCCUCUAUCACUGCAAGUUCUCAUUUCUGCAAACAUUAUUCAUUUAACAUGAGGUAACUCCUAAAAUUAACAACAGUCCCUUACUUGCCAGUAUAUGAUUUGCAGUGUACGUUUUGUUACUUGAUCACAAUGUACAACUCAGGUUUUACCGAAGGCGUUUUAAAUAACAUUUUUCCUUGAGGAUUUCCGUCUGUACUGGUGCAGCCUUUUCAAUACAAAUGGAUUCAGCAAUCGCCACGUGCGGUGCAUGUUUCCUCACAGUUCAUUCAGGAGGGCUGUGAGAUUCAUGUCCUCAUGUGAGAAAGCACUGUUUGUACUGCCCUCUGCAGGACAGCACACCUCAGUGAAAUGUUUGCGAAUAAAAGCACAGUCAAGAGGGAAUUGUUUGUAGACCCCACACAACCUUAAUAAAAAAAAAAUCUUGUUUA